GCCUCUUGCAGCGUGCCAAGCGCGCGUUAGUGUCCAUCCUGCUGGAGCUAGCGGCUGCCUAUGAUGUUGGCCUGCAGCUGACGCGUGAUUCGUCCGAUGACGCAAUCACGAGGGCCUUCCGACGCGUGUCUGUGAAGGUGCACCCUGACAAGGGUGGCUCGGCAGCAGACGCUCAGCGCCUGAACGCGGCGCGGGACCAGUGGUUCUGCGCCUUUGUCGCAAGCCAUGUGGCGCCGUGGACUGUGAAGCACUGGGUGGCCACAAUGGAGGCAAACACCAGCGGGACGGUGCACCUGCACUUGAUGCUGCAGUUUGCUCGUGCCCAGAACUGUGGGUCCAGUCGCUUCAUGUUUGAAGGCACACGUCCGAAUGCCAGCACGCAGGACUACCUCGGAGAAGGGCUUUGCCGUAAGAAGUUACAGCAGUCCAUAGACAGGGGCAUGUUCUACGUCUGGGCGGACAAGAUUGGUACGCACCGUUUACCUGAUGGUGGGCUGUGCGUCUCAGGGAACUACCAGCCGUGCUGGACCAAGGCCACGCUCUCCUACCAGGUCCUCGGCAAAUGGCCAGAGGCGCUCUGGAAGCAGCGCAAGCUGACGUCGGACAAGUACGAGGAGUACUUGUACCUGACACGGGACGGCGUCCUGGCCCGGAAGCGCAACCUGGAUGCUGUUCGUGAGCACGAAGUGGAGGCUGCGGAGGCAGCUGUCAUUGAAGCCAACACCAAGCGCAUCAGGAGCAACCCUGCCCUCUACCAGCCCUUCCCAGAAGUGCCUGUAGCGAGCGCCUGGCUGGCCACCUUUUGUGAGGACCGCCUUCGCUACCCCUUGCUGGUUGUGCACGACGGCAUCAUCUUAGAUGAUGUUCGCGACCUUGCCUUCCUCGCGGAGCACCAGGAGAAGCUACAAGGAAAGUACGAUGCUCGGGUUGAGUUCGCAACCACUCCUGGUGGGACUUGUGCCUACAGCAAGUACCUGUUUGCGGUCCCAAUAGCUGUCACCAUCAACCACAGCACCCGUAACAUCGACUUCCUGCACUCCCAUGACUGGCUGAAGCACCCAAAGAACCGCGUGCUUGUAAACUUUCCAGACAUCCUUGGCCAAGUCUAG